UCUCAUUCAUUCAUUCUCAUUCGCAGCCGCGACUACAAUUUCUUCUAUACAUACUAUAAUUGACUAAUCCGCGCUUGUGUUGUGGUAUAAAGAGAUGGAUGCUGAACACGAAAUGACAUCCGAAAUACAAAACUUUUACAAAGAUAAAACUGUUUUCAUAACUGGCGGCAGUGGAUUUUUGGGCAAAGUGAUAAUUGAGAAGCUGCUACGUGCGACAGACGUGAAACGCAUCUAUGUAAUAAUCAGAGCCAAGCGGGGGCAGGAUAUGCUACAGCGGCUGGCAAGUUGGAAGGACGAUGGCGUAUUUGGUUUGUUGCUCAAAUCGAAGCCCGGCUGCUGGGUACGCAUAGUGCCCAUUGCCGGAGACUGUCAGCAGUUGGAUUUGGGUCUCAGCAAGGCGGAUCGACAGCUGCUGAUGGACGAGGUGCAGGUAGUGGUGCAUAGCGCGGCAACUGUGCGCUUUGUGGAACCACUGCAUGUGGCGCUGGACAUCAACACCCGUGCCACACGCCUCAUGAUGCAGCUGGCCAAGCAGAUGAAGCGUCUGGAGGCGUAUGUUCACGUGUCUACGGCCUACUCGAACUGUGUCAUUCAGCGCAUAAGUGAAUGCUACUAUCCGGAGAAUUUGAGCUGCAGCGCGGACACGGCUCUGACGCUGAGAGAGCAGCUCAGCGACGAGCUGAUGGACAGCAUGGCGCCAGCUCUGCUGGGCAAGUUCCCCAAUACAUACACCUACACAAAGGCCUUGGCGGAGCAGCUGGUCCAGACGGAAGCCGGUGCUCUGCCCGUAUGCAUCUUUCGGCCAGGCAUUAUUAUUGGCAGCUACAAGGAGCCCGUCUCUGGCUGGAUUGACAAUCUCUAUGGUCCCAUUUCCAUAUUCCUUGGCACUGCAGUGGGAAUUCUGAGAGUUAUUCGCAUUGACAUCCACUCACAAGCCAACAUAGUGCCCGUUGACUACUGCUCCAACUUGACCUUAGCCUGCGCCUGGCAAACAGCCAACGAUAAGAAUAAACCAAUUGGAGCAGCUGCGCCGCCCAUCUACAACUAUGUGCCCAGUGAUCACAACAUGCUCACCUGGGGUGGUUUCAAAAAGAAGGCGGAAAGCCUGGGCCACGUCUACCCGUUGACCAAAAUGAUAUGGCUGCCCAUUCUGCACACCAUUAGCACGCCCUGGCUCUUCAAUCUGGUCGCCUUCUUCUAUCACAUUCUGCCUGGCUACUGCAUCGAUGUGGUGCUGCGCCUGAGAGGCCGUACCCCACGCAUGCUUAAGCUCUACCAGAAGAUACACAAGAAUCUGGAGAUCAUUGCCCCGUUUACCCACUCCAAUUGGCAUUAUGAGACGCACAACACGCAGCGACUGUGGCAACGACUGUCCGCCCAGGACCAACAGCUCUUUGAGUUCGACAUGAGUAGCCUGGACUGGGAUGAUUAUUUGUACAAUACCUUGGGCGGCAUGCGCAUCUUUUUGGGCAAGGAGGAUCCUGGCGCUGAGUCACUGGAGCGCGGCAAAAAGAAAUUGAAACGCUUUUACAUACUCCAUCGGCUGCUGCAGUUCGUCCUGUGCAGUGGAGCUGCUGCCAUUUUGUGGUCGUUGCUUAAGUUUCUAAAUAACUUCUAGAUUCUAGUGUUUGUAUAACUAUAGAACUAGCUCAAU